CUCCUCGUCUCUGGAAAUAUUCUCUAACCUUUGCUCGUCUUCCAGAUAUUGUUCUGAGGAGUAACCAUGAGAAUAGCCAUCUUGUUCGGUCUGGUGGCCAUUGCAUCGGCCGAGGUAUUGCCAUCCACCUCCUAUGGAGCCCCGGACGGAGGAUUCUCAAACGGUUUUGGAGCUCUCAACGGAGCCUCAAACAACGGUUUUGGUGCCCCAAGUAAUGGUUACUCUGCACCAAGCAACACCUAUGGCACGCCCAACGGCGCCUACGGAGUAGACCCUGAGAUUGCCGCUUUGUCCGAGAACAUUCCCGGGGGCGGCGUCCCCGGCGAGGACUACCCCAUCUUGGCUUCCGUGCCCGACACCGGCUUCUCCUGCGAUGCCGUAGCGGUGCAAGGUUAUUACGCCGACACUGCAGCUGAAGCCGGCUGCCAGGUGUUCCAUAUCUGCCAGGACCGCGCCCUCAGGCGCCAACAGGACUCGUUCCUGUGCCCCAACGGUACCAUCUUCAACCAGCAGUACCUGGUAUGUGACUGGUGGUUCAACGUGGACUGUUCUCAAGCUGAGAGCUUCUACUCCGUCAACGAACUCAUCGGAGUCGUUCCCGACGCCGCCACCAAUGGAAACAGAUAUCGCUCAAAUGGCAACGGCGUCAGUGCUAAUGGCAACGGCAACGGAGUCUCCAAUGGCAAUGGCAGGAACGGCUAUGCUGCUAAUGGCAAUGGAGCGAACGGUGCCAAUGGAAAUGGUCUCAACGGCAAUGGGUAUGGAAGAAGCUCACUCACUGGCAAUGGAAAUGGAAACGGAUAUAACGGCAAUGGUGCAAAUGGUAAUGGCAACGGCAAUGGUGUAAACGGUAAUGGCAACGGCAAUGGUGUUAACGGCAACGGAAACGGAUACAACGGCAAUGGUGUAAACGGUAAUGGAAGAAGUGCCCUAAAUGGCAAUGGAAACGGGUACAAUGGUAAUGGCAACGGCAAUGGUGCAAAUGGCAACGGAAACGGAUACAGUCGCAAUGGCGCAAAUGGGAACGGGAAUGGUGUUAAUGGCAACGGAAACGGAUACAAUGGCAAUGGUGCAAAUGGCAACGGCAAUGGCGCUAAUGGCAACGGAAACGGAUACAAGGGCAACGGAAACGGAUACAAUGGCAACGGUGCAAAUGGCAACGGCAAUGGCGCUAAUGGCAACGGAAACGGAUACAAUGGCAACGGAAACGGAUACAAUGGCAACGGUGCAAAUGGCAACGGCAAUGGCGCUAAUGGCAACGGAAACGGAUACAAUGGCAAUGGUGCAAAUGGCAACGGCAAUGGCGCUAAUGGCAACGGAAACGGAUACAAUGGCAACGGAAACGGAUACAAUGGCAACGGUGCAAAUGGCAACGGCAAUGGCGCUAAUGGCAACGGAAACGGAUACAAUGGCAACGGUGCAAAUGGCAACGGCAAUGGCGCUAAUGGCAACGGAAACGGAUACAAUGGCAACGGUGCAAAUGGCAACGGCAAUGGCGCUAAUGGCAACGGAAACGGAUACAAUGGCAACGGUGCAAAUGGUAACGGCAAUGGAAGAAGUGCCCUGAAUGGCAACGGAAACGGAUACAACGGCAAUGGAAAUGGCGUUAAUGGAAGCGGCAAUGGUGCUAAUGGCAAGCUCAACGGCAAUGGAAGAAGCGGUCUGAAUGGCAACGGCAAUGGCAACGGCGCCUCACCCUUGCCCCCCAGCACCAACGGCGUCGCCAGCGCCCCCUCGGCCUCCUACGGCGCCCCCCUCUGA